AUGCCACCUUCCAGAGCAUCUACGCCACAGUCCAUGCAGGUAACGCCCUAUGACUAUCAGGAUGAUUCAAAGGUGAGGCUGCAUAAAUCUAAGAACAUACUACUCCGCCUAUCGCAACAGGGUCGAAACAUCAUCAUAUCAAUAGCAGUAUUUAUACUCCUAUUACUACUCAUAUCGAGAAAUGUCUUGAGCUCGUCACAUUACACACCCAAGUUGAACGGACUAGAUAAUGUUUCCUUCUUUGAUUUGGCAAACUACGAGGGCUCAUCUAAUGGAUGGCAGUAUGAUGAACGAGUAUUGUUUUGCGUGCCAUUGAGAGAUGCAGCAGCACACUUGCCAAUGUUUUUCAAUCAUAUGAAAAAGUUGACGUACCCUCAUAAUCUUAUAGACUUGGCAUUUUUGGUCAGUGAUUCCAAGGAUGACACUAUGGGCGAGUUGUUGAGACACUUGAAUGAGAUUCAGCUGGAUCUCAAUACGGAGAUGCAUUUUGGAGAGAUUGAAAUAUUUGAAAAGGAUUUCGGUCAGAUCAUUGGUCAGAGUUUUAGUGAUAGACAUGGAUUUGCUGCACAGGGACCCAGGAGAAAAUUGAUGGCGCGUGCGAGAAACUGGUUGUGGUCGGUGGCUAUAAAGCCAUACCACUCUUAUGUAUACUGGAGAGAUGCCGAUGUCGAGACGGUGCCGACGACUAUUUUGGAGGAUUUAAUGCACCAUGAUAAAGACGUGAUUGUACCUAAUGUGUGGCGUCCACUACCAGACUGGUUAGGAAAUCAACAGCCGUACGAUUUGAACUCGUGGCAGGAGAGUGAUGGUGGGUUACAAUUGGCAGAAACGUUAGAUGAAGACGCCUGUAUUGUCGAAGGUUAUGUUGAAUACCAGACAUGGAGACCCCAUUUGGCAUACUUGCGUGAUCCAUAUGGAGAUCCAGAGAUGGAAAUGGACUUGGACGGAAUCGGAGGUGUUUCGAUCUUGACCAAAGCCAAGGUUUUUCGUACUGGUUCUCAUUUCCCAGCUUUUUCUUUUGAAAAGCAUGCGGAGACAGAAGCGUUUGGUAAAUUGAGUAAACGAAUGGGGUACUCGGUGGUUGGGUUGCCACAUUAUGUUAUUUGGCAUAUAUACGAGCCAAGUAGUGAUGAUUUGAAGCAUAUGGAAUGGAUGGCAUUAGAAGAAGUGCGUCAACAAGAAGAAGCAAAGAUUAAAAAGGUGUAUGACAAAGUUUGGGGCAAAGCAUUUGAAGACGUACAGAGUGAAUGGAAUAAGGAACGGGCUAUGUUUUUGAAAAACACUGAUAUGUCAAAGUAUCGUAAGAUCCAAGUUGAUUGGUCAGGUUCUGAUGAUUUCGAUAUUGACGCCGAGUUGAAAAUUGAUAGAAAAUUAGCAGACUUCAAUCCUUGA